CUUUAUCCUCUCCGACUUUGGCUGUGCACCAAAUCGUUGAUGCGUUAUAUUCGUCGCCUGCCUCACUACUCUCAAUUCUGUCUCGAAGGUCUAGAGAUUUCCAUUGCUGUCAGUCGAGUGUUGUGCAGUCGGUCUUCCAUCAGCAGCCAUGGCCGCCACAGCACUCACCAAGCAGGUCGUGAGCCGAUCCACAUUCUUGGGUGCUACCGCUGCACCCAAGGAUGCUCUCAGGGAGCAAUUGCCAGUAUGCAGGGCUAAGGUCUCAAUGGACGCCGACUACUGGUAUGGCCCGGACAGACCCAAGUACUUGGGCCCGUUCUCAGCUCAGACCCCCUCUUACCUGAAGGGAGAGUUCCCCGGUGACUACGGAUGGGAUACCGCUGGGUUGUCUGCCGACCCCGAAUCGUUCGCCAAGAACCGCGCUUUGGAGCUGAUCCACGGAAGGUGGGCAAUGCUCGGAGCUUUGGGAUGCAUCUUGCCCGAGGCUUUGGUGAAGUACAGCCGAGUGACGCUGAAGGAGGCAGUGUGGUUCAAGGCCGGGUCCCAGAUCUUCACCGACGGUGGUCUCGACUACCUCGGCAACCCCAACCUUGUGCACGCGCAGAGCAUUUUGGCCAUCUGGGCCGUGCAGGUCGUGCUCAUGGGAGCCGUUGAGGGAUACCGCCAGAACGGUCUCCCCGGAAUCGGAGAGGGAGGCGAGCUUUACCCCGGAGGCAAGUACUUCGACCCACUGGGUCUUGCUGAGGACCCCGAGACCUUCGCCGAGCUGAAGGUGAAGGAGAUCAAGAACGGCCGGUUGGCCAUGUUCUCCAUGUUCGGAUUCUUCGUCCAGGCCAUCGUCACCGGCAAGGGCCCCCUGGAGAACCUGUUGGACCACCUCGACAACCCGGUCGCCAACAACGCCUGGGCUUACGCCACCAACUUCGUCCCCGGAGCUUAAGUGUGUAGGAGAGGAGUAAUCUGUCGAAUGAACUCAGUCUGAUCUGAACCCCUGUAACAUACCGACCGAACUUGUUGGACUUGUACAAUUUUUGGACAAUCACUUGAUAUCUUGUGAUUCUCUCGGCCUUAGGCCACUCAGUAAAGAGAAACUUGAAACCCAUUGGCUUUGUACA